AUGAGAUUCCUCUUCUUAAUACUCGUCGUAGCGCCCGUGCUGGGGGCGGAAUAUCACAGUCACAUCCGUACACGGAGGCAACACGGAAGCGUGCGAACUCUCAAUCAGGCACCCGCGGCGAUCCAGCAGAUAUUAGCGUCUCAGGCGGCGCGCGAUCCGAUUGUCCAUCUUCCGCCGGUACCGGUGCCAAAUCUGUCGCCCUCCAAGCCUAUCGAACCACAGUACAUAAGCCAAGCUCAGGUGAAUUCGUAUCAGCCGAAAGUACAGAUCGGCCAAGCGCCUGCCCAGCCAACUUACAAGCAGAUCCCCGUGAGACCGGCCUCGUACACACCGCCGGCCGCUGCCAAGCAGCCGCAGCAACAGUACACUCCUCAGUACCGCGGAAAUUAUCCCCAGCCGCAAGCACGGCAGCUGCAGCCGUUGCCGCAACAACAAAACGUCGAGCCGAAUUACCAGUACUCGAAAAAUCUGCCGCCGCAGCUCCAACAGCUCGUGCAGCUUCAGCAGAGCCUGGGUAACGCGGUUCCGCAGCAUCAAGGAUAA